AUGUCUGCCCUCAAAAACUCGCCGUUUGGAAAGCGUCUGCGUGGUUUCCACAACGAGGCCGGCGACGACGACGGCGCACCGAGGCGGACCAGGCCCAGAAUACUCGCACUGAACACGCCCUCGCUCGACUCGCGGCCAACCACGGCAACGACAAGCUCGACCGCAACGCCAGCAAUGACAACGACGACGAUGGCCAGUGAUAGCACCGGGCCAGACUCGCCGCUGGACAGUCGUCCGACAAACUAUGGCGAUCGGUUCGUGCCAACCCGCGACACGGGCGACAUGCGGACGUCGUACCAUCUGAUGGACGACUCCGGUCCAUGCACGCCCUCAAAACGCAUCAUACCCUCCGAGUCUGACGCGCUCAAAGAACAAGCCAAUGCCAUCUUCACGUCCAUCCUGCACACGGAAGUCACGCCCCCGUCCCCGAACAGACCCCCCUCCCCGUCUCGCCCUCCACCCGCGUCUAUCCCCCCAUCCACGCCAACACGGCGCCGCAUCUUUCACUACACCUCCCCCUCUUCAGGCCCACCCACCCCCACUCGCCCCUACUCCAUGUCCCCCGUACGCGCCUCGUCACGUCAGCUGCUCGAAUCCCCUCGUCGUCAGCCCCGUGCCGUUUGCAAAACACCAUAUCGCGUGCUCGACGCCCCCGAUCUAGCAGACGAUUUUUACCUCAACCUCGUAGACUGGAGCACAACUAACAUUCUCGGCGUCGGUCUCGGCGCUUGUGUAUACCUCUGGACUGCCCACAACGCAGCAGUCGCCAAACUAUGCGACCUCUCCAACGUCGGCGAUACUGUCAGCUCCGUUGCAUGGGUACAAAAGGGUACCAUUCUCGCAGUGGGCACCCUCUCGGGAAGACUGCAUAUCUACGACGCACCAUCCCUAUCACUCAUACGAUCUUACAACCCAGCCCACUCCCAGCGCAUCGGUGCCCUAUCGUGGAAUGCCCACGUUCUCAGCUCAGGCUCGCGUGAUCGCAUGGUUCACCAUCGCGAUGUUCGUGAAGCCGGCAACCGCCCCUUCCGUCGUUGUGCCGGCCAUAAACAGGAAGUAUGCGGACUAAGGUGGAGCACUGGCUCGGGGAACACUGCCGGGGCCAUGCUUGCCAGCGGCGGAAACGACAACAAAGUAUGCAUAUGGGAUCUCAGGGGUGCAAGACGGAGCAGUGCGAGGAGCAUAUCUGCGUCCGAGGACAGCGGGGAUGCACCCCUGUGGAAAUUCCAUGAACAUACCGCAGCCGUCAAGGCUCUAGCCUGGGAUCCACACGUCUCCGGAGUAUUGGCAUCAGGAGGGGGGACGCAGGACAAACACAUACGGUUUUGGAACACGUACAACGGGACCAUGCUGAACCAACUCGACACGGGUAGUCAGGUGUGCAAUUUGAUUUGGUCGCUGACUUCGCAUGAACUUGUGAGCACACACGGGUUCUCGAGUACGACAGCGCAGAACCAGAUCUGUAUCUGGCGGUAUCCAUCCCUAUCUAUGGUCGCUGCGUUGACGGGGCACACACAUCGCGUACUCUACCUUGCUAUGAGCCCCGAGGGUGAGACGAUCGUCACAGGGGCUGGUGACGAGACGCUCCGGUUCUGGAAUGCAUUCCCGCGGAAGGAGAACGGGGAGCGGAAGGAGAGUCAAUUGGAUUGGGCACGACUGAUCCGGUAA